CACCGGACCUAGCGCCAGUGGCCAGCAGUGCUACUAACUUGACUAAGAAGAAGUAAGAAGACUAAAACUAAAGGCGGUAGAAAAGUAGAAGACUUUUUAGACAAACAGCAAACUAUCGAGCCAGAGCUCAUUAAGUCUUCCUCAAAAUAUCCCCUCUUCCCUCCAACCCAUCAAGCUUUAAUUCUAGUUGGGGUAAUCGACCACUUGAGACUUGAGCGUCGCCCAAGGAAAAAUACUUAAAAAUACAGUUUGAAGUGAAGUGCUAUUGACAUGUGACAUGUAAAUAGUUCUUGAAUGUGUGGAAUGAAAAUGCAUUUGUUUGUUUUAUUUAAUUAAUGUAUGUUAAUCUUUAAGUUCAUGAUUAUGUUUGAAUGUACAGCGUGGUGAGCCCAGCCGUAGGCUGGGGUACCGUGCUAUAUAAACGAAGUGGCUAUUUGCACCCGGGUUUCAGAAGUGAAAGGUUGGGAUUAAAAAACUAUUUAAAAUAUUAUUGUUGGGCUAGUAAGACAAAAUGAGGUAUCAAAUGAAAGAUAAUUGAAUGGACUAUAUGUUUGUAAACUUACUUCUUCAGUUUAACUAAAAUUAACUACAACAAAUGACAUCCGAAAAUGGGAUUUAGUCUAAAGGGACCUGGGUCCGAAUAGCGGCUAUGCGUACCCGGGUCGCUUUAGACUAAAAAUCAACAUCUUCAAAUAGAUUCAUAUUUCCUAGUUUUAUCAAGUCAUAUUGAUUGACUUCACUUGUAGUUUGCUUAAAUUUAAAUGGGCAGGAAUAUUGCUAGCUGCUAUUUACUUAACAUUAACAAUGUUUAAAACCUUUAAUUCAAUAUGUGUUUAUUGAAACAAUUACAGUGAUAAUGUCAGAGACCGCUGCCUUUUCAUCUGAUCUCCAUUUCUGUCCUUUGUGUGGGUCAGUUCUUCCACUGCCAACAGUUGGUGAGGAAAUCAUUCCAUGCUCUCGGUGUCCAUUUAAAAGAAAUAUAAGAGGUAUUUAUUUAGGCUAUGUCUUAUAAUAUUAAUAAUAUAUUUGACCAUGAACCUUAACUUAUCAAAGUUCUGAAAUGUAAUUUGCAAGUUUUUUUAUAUCAAAAUGCUGGACAUCAUUUUUUUUUCUUUAAAGAAAUAGUUUUUAGAACUUAUAAAGCUCUUCAAACAUAUUCAUCUCUCACAAAUGUAUCAUCAAUGCUUGUUGUUUUCUUAGUAUUCAGUAAACAUAUUUGAGUGUUCAUUUACACUUUUGAAUUCAGAAACCUCAAUUACAAGCAGGACAUAUUAUUAUGUGAUCACAUUUGAUAGAUUUUUUAUUUGUUAUAUUUAAUAUCUUAACUGUAAGUGUCAAAUUCCAAACCUAGUUCCUUAAUUGAAAAGGCAUUUAUUCAUUUGAUAAUAUGAAAAUAAAUAUUUGUUCUUUGUAGAAUAUGAAGGUGUAGUUGAAAAGUUUGUUCUGUAUUUUAAUGAACCAAAGAAAAGUAAAAGCAACACAUCUUUAGAAAAUUCAGAUGAUGUGCAAGAAUCAAGAGUAUCUGAAUUCCAGGGACCAACUGUACGUUUUUGUUUCAAAUAUAUAUUUGAAUUUAGCUUAAAAAUAUUUGGGAUUCAAUUUUGAAGAGUUUUUUAAAAGUUUAUAGAUUUUUUGGCUUCUUCUGUUGAUACAACAAUAUAUCCUUUCAAAAUGGAAUUAUUUGAUUUUUAGCCUCCAAGAUUAAAUAGUAUAUUCCUUAUUUAUAACUUAUUUUAUGGGGCAUUCAAAUUUAGUGGGAACAACUUAAUGAUUUCCACUAUCUGACCAAAUGAUUUUAUUCCCUAAGGUCGAGCGACACUGUCCAAAGUGCAAUCAUGACAUAAUGAUGUACACUACCAGACAGACACGAUCAGCAGAUGAAGGCCAAACUGUUUUCUACACAUGUGUCAGUUGCAAGUAAGUCAUCUAAUCUUGUAUUGGAUAAGCUAAACUUUGAGAUUUUUAAAAGAAAAAAAUACAUGAAAUUAGCCCCAGAUUUUGUUUACUUUGUAGCACUGGUAAAAUAUUUGCCUCAUAACCGGAAGAGAUAGUUUUAAUUAUAUCAGCGAUCAUCCCAAGUAAAGGGUUACCCGUAUCAGCGGGAUGGAAUAGGCUUCCUCAGCAGAGCCUGGCAGGUAUUCUAAGUCCAGAGGAAAAUCUUGAGCCAAACACCUUAAGCAUCUAAGUUAGGAGACAGCAGCCAAAUUGUUGUUGUCUAUAACACUGGAUUUUUAUUCUAGCCCAACACAUAAUUAUUACAUCAAAAUAGUUGAUAGAUUUGUUAAAAGCUGUCUGUUAUUGAACAUAUUUGUAUCAGAAAAUCUUUCAAGAGUUCAAAUGAAAUUAAAUUUUAAUUUCAUAUGAACUCUUGAAAGAUUUAAUUAAAUUCUUUGGUUUCAUUUGAAGUUAGAUACAUUUGUCACUACUGGGUUGAGGUUAGGGAAAAAAUGGGGGGGGGGGGGGGAUUCAGAGUUUAAGGCAAAGGAUUUAUUUCAUAAAUGUAUUUUAUUUUAAUGUCAUGAUUAUGUCUCUUUUGAUAAAAUUUUUAUGUACAGCGCGGUGAGCCCAGCCCUAGGCUCGGGUACCGCACUAUAUAAGACCCCUUAUUAUUAUUAUUAUUAUUCAGCAUUUGAUUUAAUUAUAUCAAAUAUAAUUUCAUGUAAUUUAUUAUAUUUAUAUAUAAAUGUUGGGCAAUUUAAACAAUAAAAUUGAAGCUCAAAUAAAUCAACUGAAACAAACUGAUGUGGCUAUUAAAUUAUAUUAAUUUUUGUUCUCUCUCUAUCUCAUAUUUUUCUCCAGAUUUCAAGAUAUUGAGUAUUCUUGAUGUGAUUCGACAUUCAAAAUUCACAUUAAAAAAAUAAUUAUUGAUUUUCUCAGUUAUCUCAAAUGCAUUAAUUAAAGCUGUAAAUAAACUUUUCAUUGAUAUUGUCUGGGUUUCUUUUAUUUUUUUAAUGGUUGGUUCACAACCAUUAAGUUAUUGGUUCACAGCCAUUAAGUUAUUGGUUCACAAUCAUUAAGCUAUUGGUUCACAACCAUUAAGUUAUUGGUUCAGAGCCAUUGAGUUAUUUGUUCACAACCAUUGAGUUAUUGGUUCACAACCAUUGAGUUAUUGGUUCACAACCAUUAAGUUAUUGGUUCACAACCAUUAAGUUAUUGGUUCACAGCCAUUA